AUGGCUCGGCCUUACUCUCUCAGUCGGCGAGAGAUUACACUUAUUUUGUUCUCGGUCAUAAUUUUUUUGGUCUUCUACAACUUCGAUGCGACUUCUGACUUCUUUGCCAAUCCUAACCUGCCUGGCAUAUCCUCAAAUCCCACUGCUGAUGGUGGUCUCGACAUGGACAUAUUUGGGGACUGGGAGUCUGACGAAAGACGCAUAUCCAGCAUUCAUAAGCAGCAAGAGGAAGCAGAUGCCUCGGAAGGAGAUAUAUGGCUAAAGACCGAUCGUAUACCUGAGGCGCAGAAACAACUCAUCUUCGGAAACAUCGGCGCUAACGAUGGUUUCAUGCACUGGGGAAAUGAUAUGCCUGAAACUCGAAUAGUGAAACACGUCGCUGGAUUCUCGAUCAUGGACAAUGUAAUAAUGUGCAAUGGCACAAUUUUCAUUGUGACGGAUUCUCCUUCAAGCUUCCCUUCGUUGGGUUCCAUUGCAUCGUCUGCUGACAACUCGCACGAAGCUCCGCUUCCAAGAGAAUGGGCCAUGCUGUCGAUCGAGCAAGCUAGAGACAUACUUGGUUCAUAUGGUGGAUUGAUUCAAGGCACGAGUUGGCUAUCGUAUGAUGCAAUUCCGAGCAACUACACGCUUUUCUCGCUCUGGAGGACCCAGAGCUCCCUGAACACGUCGACGUCUCCAGACCCUUUCCGUCCGCCACGACGACUUUUCUUCCCGAACAUUCCUCGUUACAAAGGAAUACGACCCGACCUCAGUGGACCCAUCAUUAGACGUCAACGUUCGGACAGUGGGUUUCAUUCGUAUCUUCCCAAGGCCGCUUUUCCAUUGCUCGGGUUGAUGUAUAAAGAAGAUUGGGAAGAUUAUGCGCUCAUGGAAGUCCCUUUCGUUUUCGAGAGGCUGGUCGUCGCCGAUUUUGGUGCAGCUGCACGUUCUGCAAACGAUGUGCCUCCAUUCGCUCUCCCGCUUGUUGGCCUGAAUGCGUCAAAGGAAUGGUGGGAGCCAAUUAGGCAGAAUCUUGCCAAGUUCUUGCAUGUAAACCACCGCGCACAAAACCUCAACAGCGGACAAGAAAAAACGGUAGUCACUUACAUAUCCCAACAAGAUGCCACAAGCGGUUCAAGGCUGAGGAGAGCCGACCACAAUGCGUUGGUCAACGCUCUUGAGACAUUGCAUGAGAGCAACGACUUCGAAGUCAACAUAGUCUCUUCAGAGGGACCCUGGGUGGACAGGUUGUCAGCCGUCGCCCAGUCUAAUGUCGUUCUGGGUGUUUACGGAGAUAGCCUCGCUGACAGCGUAUUUAUGAGGCCAUCAGGACACUCAACUCUGAUGGAAUUUUUUCCCUCUGACGUCUUUACUCGCGACGCAGAAAUGGCGGUUCGUUCCUUAGGCAUUCGCUACAUCGCCUGGUGGAAUGACCGGUACACUCUGUCUUUGUAUUUUUCUUCUCCGAUGUCUCAUUUUAUCUAUUUAUAG